CAAUACUAUUCCUGCAUUGAACCUGAAUUUGGCCUUCAAUGGAGUCCAAAUCAAAAUCAAAGUUCAAGCCAAACUUGACGAACUCCACCAAAGAAAAAACAAUUAAAAAUGAAAGAGAAGUGGGGUCAACUGUAGCCUGCCUGCCCGAUCAAUCAAUCUUUCUUCCAAUUCCAAUCAACCGAGAAGUCCGGCCAUUGUUGUAAUUCAUCAAACCAAACUAACGCGUUUUCUUUAACAUUACCUCAACUCUUUUGUCUGAACCAUCUUCAUUAAUAAAAUACUCUCACUACAAAUCUUCCUCUGAUAUGAACUAGGCUCCCAUGUCCUCCCCACAUUCUUCUUCUUUUAAUCCCAUCUUUUAUCCUUCUUCUUCCUCUUUUCAACCAAGUCAAACCCGCUUGGGAAACUGAAACUUUGGUUCUCUUUUCAACAUCUCUAUGUUUCCUCACCUUUGGUAUUUUAGCUUUUACUUGUUCUAUUUUGUUCUGCGCUGGAAUCUAACUUUUUCUUUUUUACUUUAGUCAAUUUGAAUUGAACUAAUCUCUAUUUUUUGUUGUUUUAGUGUUAAGACAGAUUCAAUAACUAAUUAAUUGUGGAGUUGAUUGGUUGACUUUUAUCUGGGUUGAUUAGUUUUGUUGAAUGAAUCUUGUUUUACCUUAGUUAAGUUGGUUAAUCUUAUUCUUUUUGCUUGCAAUAUAGCAUAUACAUUGAAUUGUUAAUAAAUUUGGUGAAGGUUAUAUUUUUAUUGACUUUCUCCAUAAGUGAUAUUAUUCAAGGUUUGGAUUUUGUUAUUUUUCAUAAUGUUUAGUUUUAGAAGGUUUAGAUCUAUUCUAGGUUCUGUGAAGAGAUUCAAUAGAAUAAGAUUUUGAUGCAAGCAAGUAGUGGUAGUGUUUAGAAGGUAUCUAUUGAGGGUAGCUUUUCAAUGGGGAAUACGUGUGUAGGACCUAGCAUUUCCAAAAAUGGAUUUUUUCAAUCAAUUUCCGCUGCAAUGUGGCAAUCACGGUCACCGGAGGAAUCGGUUUCUAAUAAUAACCAUGGUAAUGCGGAACAUGUUGUUGAGGGAACAGCUCAGGAACCUGAAUCCCCGUUGCCAGUUCAAAACACACCCCCAGAACAUGUGACAAUGCCUAAAGAAGAUAAUAAACCUGAAACCAAACCAGAAGAUCCCCCAAAACCAAAGAAAGGACCUCAAAUGAAGAGGGUGUCAAGUGCAGGACUCAGGACUGAAUCAGUCUUACAGACGAAAACAGGUAACUUUAAGGAAUUGUACAGUUUGGGGAGGAAACUAGGACAAGGCCAGUUCGGUACGACCUUCCUGUGUGUGGAAAAGGGAACCAAUAAAGCGUAUGCAUGCAAAUCAAUUGCGAAGAGGAAGUUGUUAACUGACGAAGAUGUGGAGGAUGUAAGGAGGGAAAUUCAGAUAAUGCAUCACUUGGCGGGUCAUCCGAAUGUUGUAUCAAUCAAAGGGGCUUAUGAGGAUGCAGUUGCAGUUCAAGUUGUUAUGGAGCUAUGUGCUGGUGGUGAGCUUUUCGAUAGGAUUAUUCAACGCGGUCACUAUACUGAAAGAAAGGCUGCUGAGCUUACGAGAACUAUAGUUGGGGUUGUGGAAGCUUGUCAUUCUCUUGGGGUGAUGCAUCGUGAUCUUAAGCCUGAAAACUUUCUUUUUAUCAGUCAGGAGGAGGAUUCACAUCUCAAGACAAUUGAUUUUGGGUUAUCGAUAUUUUUUAAACCAGGGGAAAAGUUUACCGAUGUUGUUGGUAGCCCAUAUUAUGUAGCUCCAGAAGUUCUCAAAAAGCGUUAUGGCCCAGAAGCAGAUGUUUGGAGUGCUGGUGUGAUCCUUUACAUCCUAUUAAGUGGAGUGCCACCCUUUUGGGCAGAGUCUGAGCAAGGAAUAUUUGAACAGGUUCUGCAUGGUGAUCUUGACUUUGACUCAGAACCUUGGCCCGGAAUCUCUGAGAGCGCAAAAGAUUUAGUGCGGAAAAUGCUUAUUCGAGACCCUAGAAGACGGCUAACUGCACAUGAAGUUUUAUGCCACCCUUGGGUACAAAUUGAUGGUGUGGCUCCUGACAAGCCUCUAGAUUCAGCAGUCCUUAGUCGCUUGAAGCAAUUUUCUGCUAUGAAUAAGCUCAAGAAAAUGGCUCUUCGAGUGAUUGCAGAGACUCUAUCUGAAGAAGAAAUAGCUGGUCUUAAAGAAAUGUUCAAGAUGAUAGAUACGGAUGACAGUGGACAGAUCACUUUUGAAGAACUUAAGGCUGGAUUAAAAAGGGUUGGAGCUAACCUUAAGGAGUCUGAAAUUUAUGAUCUCAUGCAAGCUGCUGAUGUUGAUAACAGUGGAACGAUUGAUUAUGGAGAGUUCAUAGCUGCAACAUUGCAUCUGAAUAAAAUUGAGAGAGAGGAUCAUCUAUUUGCUGCUUUUUCGUAUUUUGACAAGGAUGGAAGUGGCUACAUUACUCCAGAUGAGCUUCAACAAGCUUGUGAGGAAUUUGGCAUAGAAGAUGUUCGCCUGGAAGAAAUGAUCCGAGAAGUUGAUCAAGACAAUGACGGACUCAUAGAUUACAACGAAUUUGUGGCCAUGAUGCAAAAAGGAAAUGUUGCAGGCACUCCCAAGAAAGGCCUGCAAAAUAGUUUCAGCAUUAACUUAAAAGAAGCACUAAAACUAUAGAAGUGUAGACAGUGGGUGAGUUCUCAGUUUCUUUUCUUGUUUGAUUUUUAAAGAUCUAAGGUUGUAUAGAAAAUUGAAAUUGCUCAUCUGAGAAGCAGAUAGAGGCCUUCCCGACAUGCAUCAGCUGAUUUCAUUCAAAAUUUCAUUUUAUAUGAAUUUUGCGACCAAAAGCAACAUUAUAUUGACGGAUAUUUUUUGUGGCGGAAUAACUUGAAUUGUUCUUUGAUAUAUUUACCAGUCAUAUUGAACCAUCCAA